UUGGCGCAUUUUCGGCUGGUUUGAUUCAUCCAUUUUGAAGAGACGGGGGAGCGGGGGGCUCGUCUGAUUAAGGGGCCCUGAACCAAGGAGCGGCGGAGUUUGAGAAGCCAGCAGCUCGGGGUUCGGCGGCAGCAGCCCCAUCGGCCGAAGUUGGGGGGGUGGGGCGCCGAGCGCGCGGGGUGAGGGGGGUCCCGGUCGUUUGGCUUCUCGCUCGGUCCUGUUUCGACAGCGAACAUGUCUCGGCCUGUCAGAAAUAGGAAGGUCGUUGAUUAUUCACAGUUUCAGGAAUCUGACGAUGCUGAUGAAGAUUAUGGAAGAGAUUCAGGCCCUCCAACUAAGAAAAUUCGAUCUUCUCCCCGAGAAGCUAAAAAUAAGAGGCGAUCUGGAAAGAAUUCACAGGAAGAUAGUGAGGACUCAGAAGAAAAAGAUGUGAAGACCAAGAAGGAUGAUUCUCACUCAGCAGAGGACAGUGAAGAUGAAAAAGAAGAUCAUAAAAAUGUGCGCCAGCAACGGCAGGCAGCCUCUAAAGCAGCCUCUAAACAGAGGGAGAUGCUCAUGGAAGAUGUGGGCAGUGAAGAAGAACAAGAAGACGAGGAUGAGGCACCAUUCCAGGAGAAUUCCGGCAGUGAUGAGGAUUUCCUAAUGGAAGAUGAUGAUGAUAGUGACUAUGGCAGUUCAAAAAAGAAAAACAAAAAGAUGGUUAAGAAGUCCAAACCUGAGAGAAAAGAAAAGAAAAUGCCCAAACCCAGGCUAAAGGCCACAGUGACGCCAAGUCCUGUGAAAGGCAAAGGGAAAGUGGGUCGCCCCACCGCUUCAAAGGCUUCAAAGGAAAAGACUCCUUCUCCCAAAGAAGAAGACGAGGAACCCGAAAGCCCUCCAGAAAAGAAAGCUUCUGCCAGCCCCCCGCCCGAGAAGUCUGGGGAUGAAGGGUCUGAAGAUGAAGCCCAGUCUGGGGAGGAUUAAAAGUGAUAAUGGUUUGGGGAGAGAUUUUAUUUAAAAAAAGAGAAAAAAAAAAGAAAAAAGAAAAAAAGAGGGAAAAAAAAGAAAACCUACUUAAGAUAGAAUAUGGUUUUGGCUAUGGCUUGACUCAUGGGCUUUCAAUGCUUUUUUCCUUUUGUUGAAAAUAACAUAUUCUCUCUCUCUCUCUCUCUCUCUCUUUUUUUUUUUUUUGUAAAGAAAACCAUUGUAUGUUUAAUUUGCCCUUUUUGUCUAUUGGUCUUCUCUUUGUCACCACCCCCACCAACCCACCCGCUUUCCCAAUGAAAGCCAUGUCAAAUGAAUCACUGGAUUGACUGCUUCAUCUUUUUAAUUUUAAUGGAAGGUAUACCACAGUUGUAAAGCAAUAAGAUUUGAGGUGAACACUAUGGAAAUUUUGCUUUUUUGCUAAAUGGUAGCAAGUUGAACAGUAAUCAAAAAACGUAGAGGGCUUUAGUUAAAAAUGAUUGCUUCUUUCUCUACCUGGACUUUUUAAAAAACUUAAUUGUCCUCUAAUACGAGUUUAUAUAUCUAUAUACAAAAAUAGGGAUGUCUAAAAAAUCAUGACUAAGCUUCCACUGAUGGGGCAAGUAGGAGAUAAAGAUGAAUUCUGAAUUGUUACUAAAAGUAUUCAUAUUUUUUACCUUGGGGCAGGGUAGGGAAUUGGGUUACCUGACCUUGUUUGAGGGUGUGGGGUUUUUUUAAUUUCAUCACUUGUUAUCUCUAAGAGACUCGGAGCCAGUGAUCCUUCUAUCCUGCUACAGUCUAAGGAACUUAAAACGCAAGGGCCGCCAAAACUUAAAUCAUUUUUUAUUUCCUAUUUCAUUCUCUAAUGGUUCAUGUUUUAAAGUAUAUAUGUAUCUAUUCUGUUUCUUGGAUACAAUUUUACCAAGGAUCAAAAAAAAAAACCCUAGAACUUAAAUGGCGAGAUCUAUAUAUCACAGUGGAUUUCUUCUCAAACUGACAAUGUUUAGGUUUUAAGUAAAUAAAGUACCAGUUAAUGUGAAACUCAA